AUGACUUCCACACCAGAUAAGCUAAAGCAAGAACCGCCACAAGACGACGUCCCGAUGGGUAGCGAUGAUGGUACUGAACAAGAACAAGAAAACAACUCUGGCUUGUCUAACCAGACAGAUGGCAGUCAACCUAGCCAGCAAGAUACAAAUCAAGUUACUCAGAACAAUGAAAACCAACCUGGACAACAGGAUGUAAAUCACGGUGGUCAGAACAAUGGAGAACAACCUGGCCAAAACAAUGUAAAUCAAACUGCUCAGAACGAUGGAAAGCAACCUGGUCAAAACAAUGGAAAUCAAUCUACUCAGAACACUGAGUCCAGACCUGGGCAAAAGGAUACAAAUCACGUUGGUCAGAUCAAUGGCAAUCAAUCAACUAACGAAAACCCAUUUUUAUCUGGAUUCUUCAAGCGUAAAGUGGAUAAAGACAACUCAGCCAACAAUGCCAGGGCUUUCAGUCCAGUAGUAGAAGACCCCAAUGCUAAAAAGGCGAAAACAGAUCACAGCUUUAGUUUUCAUCCAUCUGCAAAAGCGAAGACCGCUCCCUUCUCUCCACGGGCACAAACGACAACAAGAACCUCUCCCUUUCCUGAAGAUGAUGGAGUUGGCGACCCUGACCUCGAAAAGGAUCUAGUCGGCAGCCAAGCUUGCCCUGAGAACAUGACGACGCUUGGGCUUGUGAAAGAAGGGAAAAGGCCGAGAUACCUAAAUGAAUAUAGAAUUGAUGGCCGAAGCAUCUUACGAAUUGAAACCUUGAAAGACGGCAAGUUCAACGAGAAUGCCGCGGAAGUCUUACCAGUAACCGGUGGGAAGUAUCAAGCUCUACAUGCGGAUAAGAAAUGGCGUGACGUAGCUUACGUCCUGGGCGUCGCAGCAUUUGGGAGCGAAUUGAACUACGAAGACUUUCUAUGCAAGCUGGAUCCAGAAAACCCGUCCAAAUUCAAAUGGAUGCAAACCGUAUUGGUCGGAAUUCGAUGGGUUGAUCAGACAGUCACAUUUGUGAACCGUCAAUGGUGGCGCAAUAAUUAUGAGGCAAGGGAUCUGUCCGCUAAGCAAACGUAUCUGGACCGCAAGGAAGACGGAUACCGUUAUUGGUAUAAGACGCGCGAUGACCCUGAAUGGAGGACUCGAGUGAAUCACAAGGCCUUCGAGGACUACAGGUUAUUCAAGUGGGCCUUUUUGUAUGAGAAAAGGUACUAUCAGGCCAUGAAUCCUGGGGAGCCGUUUGAGAUUCGAGAUCGCACCAAGUCGCCAUCGCCCAUGGAUGGUGAGGUUGCCAAGUUUAGGGCGAUGACGGUUGAGGAGAGCCCGAGUUCGAAGAUCUAUCAGUCUGUCGAGACUCCUCUACUCGACGAUGACGAAGGUUUUGAUUCGGAUUCCCGACAUAGCACCCACGGGUGGAGCCAAAUGGCUCACCGCGUCCUCGAAACAAACACAGGCUCAGCACAAUGA